ACCAAAUACAGACUGAGUUAUUUGUUUAAACUAGCUUGUCAUUAUGCUACAAUGCUGAUAGAGAGAUUGAGAUUUGAUUAGAUUCUAUCAUCUUAUACAUGCACUCAGAAAAUCAAAGUACACCGUUUCAUGUCCAUAUAUGACCUAGAACAAUGAAAAUUUUAAGUAUACGGUUUCUAUCUAGGAAACUGUAAGUCUAAACAAACAUAAAACUUGUUCAUCAUGGAAUUUCCAUAUUAUAUCAAUUUUGCACAAACCUCCCUUCUUCUUCUUCUUCUUCUUCUUCUUCUUCUUCUUCUAGGCCAGUCAUUUCAAGAAGGCAGCAGCAGGUUUAAGCGGGUUUCUCGUAGGAAUUCUUGUCUCUGAAUUCUGAAAUGGCAGCUCGUAUCGUACCACCAGAAUCGGGCUGCACGAGCAGAUGUGUGUCGUCCAGAACAUGAAUGAUAAACUUCUGCGACGGGGGCUUUGAAGCAUUCAGGUUGACGAUGAAUUGUGCCAUUGGUAUGUCACUGUGACCAUAGAUGCCAAAACAACAAGACGAGAGGACACAAGAAACCAGUCACUGGCAAUGAAAGGGAAACCUGAACAGAAACUGUGGCAUGGAAACCUAAUGAUUGCUCUAUCGUUGUUCUUCACAUGCUACACAUACGCAAUCAAAAGGUCUUCCAUAUUGUACUGGUUCAUCACACAUUUGUAGCACCAUGGGUGACAGAUGCAUCAUUUAACUCUUCCCAAGCAGGUAAAGGAAUCCAGAAGGAACACAUUCUAAGCCAUUUGUAUUCACACAAAUUUCAUUCACAAGCCAUCAAUUAUGGGUGCUUGUACUAAUAAAGCAAUCAGCUUUCCACCCCCAAAGCAAAAUUGUACACAUCACUACAGUAAUAUUCGGUUUAGAAAUAGAAGUGAACAACAAACUCACCAGGCAAUGAACAAUCCUUUGGUGGCAUUCGCCAUCUUGAAUCAGAGUAACAACAGCAAGCUCAAGAGCCCCAAACUGCCAGCCAAAUUAAGAUGGCAUGAAAUGAAAUCAGAAUCCACCCAUUUAUCAGAAAUGGAAGAUAAAGCAUGAACAUAAAAGCAACCUGCAAAUAAGGUCAUCACCAUUUAUCAGAAGCUCGACAAAACCCCAAAUGGAACGCUAAAUCCAAACAUGAUAUAUCCUAUUAGGAUCAGGCUCUAACAGAUCCCGGUUAGCAGAAGCAGACUUACUCGAAUCAAAUUGCAACAAGGGAAGAAGCUACCAAGCUCCGCUCUUCUCUGCCGGCUGCGACCGUUGCCGAUUGAAAGAAGAGAAGGAAAGGGGGUGAGAUUUCUCUCCGGCAGCUGCAUAACAAUUAACAGCAUGAGAAUCCAGAUGGGCCAUUAAAAAAAAAAAGAAUUCAGAUGGUUGGGUUCAACUUCUUGGGCCGAAUCUCCAUCAGCUCAUUUAAUGCGGCCCACAGUAUCCAGGUCCAGUUCGCAGAAAAUUUUCGUUUCGUCUUCGAUAGUUCGUUCGUUUGUUUCCUGCCGCGAACAGUUUCCAAUUCCAUGGCGAUUGAUUAUUACGAAUCAAAAUGAAAAAAAAAAAGAAGAGAAAAUGGAACGAAAAGGAAAUUGCUGACACGCAAAGAGGGCUGGGCAGGGAAAGGCAGGCGAAGAGAAAUAAAAAAAAGCUGGAAGCUUAAAUCUUCCCAGCUGCUCAAUUCAUUCGUUCGUCACAGUCCUCUUAUCAAAAUUGAGUCUUUGCCCCUUCGUCACUUACCGUAAAGCUUUUGUUUAAGGUUUCGCGGUCUCCCGCGAUUGAAGAAAACCCUAGAGAUGAACUCGUCCGACUCGAAUUGGGUCGACAUCUCCGAGAUUUACCUGCGUUACUGUGCUAUUAGAGCAGGGAAUGCGUACCUGGAAGGCAGCAGUUGUUCGGACCAGGAUGAGCUACAGAAACUCAAAAUUUCCCGGGAUGAGUUAGCUGAGCUAUUAAAGGUUGUUCAGAAGAGAGUGCAGAAGGACCAAGGGUUUUCUAUUUUUGAUGAACUGCGCAAGCUCAUGUCAAAUUCAAGAUUGAUGAAGGAUGUCCGCGACUUUUCGUGCUUCUAUGAUUUUGUAUUCUUUAUCUCUCGCGAGAAUGGUCAAAAGAACAUUACUGUAAACAAGGCGGUUACUGCAUGGAGAUUGGUUUUGGCUGGGAGGUUUAGGUUGCUAAACCAAUGGUGUGACUUUGUAGAGAAAAAUCAGCGAUACAAUAUUUCGGAGGAUACAUGGCAGCAAGUUCUGGCUUUUAGUCGCUGUGUACAUGGAAAUUUUGAAGGCUAUGAUCCUGAAGGUGCUUGGCCUGUCCUUAUAGAUGAAUUUGUGGAGCAUAUGUACAGAACAUCUGGGUCUAAGAAUAAGUGCAACUGUAAAUCCUAUGAUAGCGGUGAGUUGGAAUCUCAUCCAUGUGCUUUUGAAGACCCUCUUCCCGGGUUGAAGGUAACUCCUGGUUUGAAGAGGAAGUUCGCCAACUUGGGAUUAGAUGAAGAAAUGGAGCUCUGUGAUUCUCCAGAACCGAAUCUUUCUUCAAAGUCGAAACGAAAUAGGCUAGUCUACCACCAGAAGAGUUGUAUGGUGGAUAAUCCGCCAGGUGGCGACUCAGCUGAUGAUGGCAUGGAAGUAACGAAACAGAAUAGUCCAGUUGGGUGUGCAGUUGAGAAUUGCUUGUCCAAAGGGAUUGCAGGGCUGUUUUCUGGGGGUUCAUAUUUGCAGCUAGAUAAAGAGAGGAGAGUUUCAUAUAUAUAGAGGUCUGGCCGAGCCAGAAAAUAGGCUUUGAAUCAAGAGGAAUCGACCUGUACAUGCCAAUGUGGUAGUUCUAUAUCGAAGCUCGUGUUGGAAUUCUGUUUCUGGCAAUUGGAAUUAGGUAUUGACGGGUUGUUUUGCAAUGAUGGCAAGAUAGAUUGGAUUUGUGUCACUACAGAAUAAUGGAGCAGUUUUUGUAUAGGCCGCUUGCAUGCAUAGUUGUGGUGUGUAUAACAAUUUAAACUUAGAGCCAUUAAUAUUCUUUAGGCCAGCAACUACGCACUAUGUGGCCUGGGUUUUACUCAGAAGGUGAAGGUAUUCUAUGAUUGUUUGCCCUUUGUGAAAGGGGAAGAAAUAUGUGAGAUGGAA